GAGACAAAGCAGCAGCUGCCAUGAAGGUAGCUUCCCCUGUUAGGCCGCGUGUUUGUAUAAUUUACGAUACGUUUACUCGUGUUAUUAUAGAGGGCAUGCUGAUAACAAAGAUGGGCUAAAUUUGGUUAGAAACAGUUAUCCGAGCCUCUCCGAUUGCCAUUUAUUAAGAGUAUCAACCUGUACGCAAAGCGUGCAGCUUGUAGUUUGUUAAUCCCAUUGACAGGUACAGUUUGCGUCUGGAUCCAGCACGAAUAGUACGUUGAACUUUGGAACACCUGCUGCAGGAUGGAGAUCGUAGAAAGGAAGGGAUCAGUUGGCAAAUCGAGCAGCUUGACUAUGGAGGAUGCUCUAGCGAUGGCAAAAUUCGGCAUUUUCAACGUAGUCCUGAUAAUAGUGUCGGGAACCAUCCUGGCUUCAUUUUUGCUGGAAAUCCUCGGUGUUAGCUACAUCAUUCCGGUGAUUGGUCAGGACUUGGAUGUUUCUACGAAGGAAAAAGGUGUGCUCAGUGCAGUGGGCUUUGCCGGGGUUAUCGUCAGCUCGCAUCUCUGGGGAUUCCUAGCGGACACGUACGGUCGGCGGAAAAUCAUCAUCCCGGCGUUGUUAAUCACCUUCGUAAUCAGCACGGUCUCCAGUUUCACCGCCAAUUUCUGGGUGAUCGUCUUCCUGCGGUUCAUGGUGGGAUUCUUCAUUUCCGGUCCAUCGUCGGCCACCUACGCCUAUUUGGGAGAAUUCCAUAGCCGCAAAAAUGCAUCCCGGGCUAUCAUGGGAGCUUCCGUGGUGUUCGGAACAGGUGGUAUAUUACUUCCCGGUCUUGCCUACAUCGUGAUCAACCAGGGCUGGGAGCUGCCUCUUCCCUUCUUAGGCAUCAUCUAUAGACCCUGGCGGCUCUAUCUGAUUGUAUGCAGCUUACCGGGACUGAUCUGUGCCUUGAUAUUGCUUAAAUUCCCCGAGACCCCCAAGUUCACGUUCAACCAAGGUGACACGAAGCAAGCGAUCGAGGCCAUCCAGUGGGUGUAUCGGUUCAACUCCCUGUGCAGAAAAUCAGUUCCGCUUGUGAUUGAAUCCAUCCAAGAAGAUGCGGAUGAUCAACAGGAACGGGAGAAGCGGGAUGCGCUGAGGAACACUAAGGGUUGUCUAGCCCUCAUGCAACUGGUUUGGAACCAGACUGCUCCGCUAUUUAUGAGUCAACAUCUGCAGAAGACGGUGAUUGUAUGUAUUCUUCAGUUUGGCACGUACUUGGCGGCACACGGGAUGUUCAUGUUCUUCCCGGAGAUUGUCAACCAGCUGGUUAUCGUGAGGGACUCCGGCGUCAGUAGGGCCACCAUGUGCGAGGUUAUCUACCAGUAUGGAAACUUCAGCGCCGUAAAGGAAGAUCAGCAGGGCAACCUGAUGUUGGAACCGGCUGCUUUUCAGCUUUCGUUUGUCCUGGAGCUAAUCUACGCGGUGGGAUUCGCCGUCAUCGGAAUGAUUAUCAACGCCGUCGGAAGGUUGCCCAUAUUGGUGUUCGUGUUCGUGACCUGUGGCGUAGCUGGGCUACUGCUGUUCGUAGUGGAUAUACCGAUUGCGGUGAUCUGGUUGUAUAUAGUGUUCCUGUGCAGCGGAUAUACGGCGGUCGUGGUCAACGCGAUCAUAGUGGAUCUCUAUCCGACCAGUUUACGGGCAAUGGCCGUUUGCAUCGCGCUGAUGGUUGGCCGGCUGGGAAGUGUGGUCGGAUCCAACAUGUUGGGAAUUCUGUUGGAACGGCACUGUGAGUUGACGUUCGGGAUCGCUUCGGUAUUGCUGAUCAUCUGUGGGCUAUUGACGUUCUUUAUACCGAACAUUCGGCAAUCGGUGCAAACGAAGACGACGUAAGAUUGAUUUGUAUUCAACGGAUCAAAUGGACUUUUAUGUCUCAUAUACUCAAUGAUGGGAGAUUUGUAUGUGAUGUUUUCUAAAAUCGGUGUGUAUAGUGGCUUUCCGGAGAUAAUUUCACCAUCCAUUCAUCGACG